GGGGCGGGACAGCGCCCCCUGCCGGCACAGCGCGGAACUGCGCCGUGCAACAUCUCAACGCGCUCGUUGAUCGCCUUUGUGUUCGCAUGAAAGCUCCCCGAGGAACCUCCAAGAGCCUCUUCUCUCCCCCGGGGCCGGUCUGGGGCUCCCCGGUGCCCCCCCCGGCAUGGAGCGGGUGUAGCCGCCGCGGCUCGGCGGCUGGUUUCCGGUGUCCGUCCGUCCGGCUGCUGCGCCCCGCAUCCCCCGCACCGGAGCUCGGAGUCCCCGCACGCAGCCUCGGAGCUCGGUCCCCGGCGAGAGAGGGAGGGCAGAGCCCCGGUAGUCCCCCCACGGUUUUCUCCCUGUUUUCAUGGCACGUGUGCAAAUGCAGAUUUAAAACACAGUGGUUCCAUCCUCCCUCCUGUCAGAUUCGGGGAGUAGAAAUUGUCCUUUUAUGAGCUCUUAGCCCGCGACAUUCAGAGAGGAAGGAAGGAUGACGGAGGCAUGGCAGCAGCAGCAGCAUGCGGUGGCUCCGCCCGCUGUCGUGCACACGAUCCCCCAGGCCACCGACAACCCUCUGGGCUGCACCGUGUACGGAGUCGUCCUGCAGCCAGAUACCUCCCUGCAGCAGCCCCAGCAUCCUCAGCAGCACGCUGUCCAAACCCAGCAGCCCUCCUUGCAAGUAGGGGGCGACAGAGGGCACAAAUGUGGAGUGUGUGGCCAUGACAUUUCUCACCUGGCCAACCCCCAUGAGCACCAGUGCAUGGUGACCACAGACAGGUCCUUCCAGUGCACGCAGUGCAUGAAAAUCUUCAGCCAGGCCACGGACCUGCUGGAGCACCAGUGCGUGCAGGUGGAGCAGAAGCCGUUUGUGUGCGGCGUUUGCAAAAUGGGCUUCUCGCUGCUCACCUCCUUGGCUCAGCACCACAACUCUCAUGGAAAUGGCAACAAUCCGAUGAAGUGCUCCAUCUGUGAGAAAACCUACCGGCCGGGCUCUGGGAACGUCACCCCGACCUCGUCGGCCGCCAACCCCCAGCAGCCCUCCAACGGAGAGUCGUCGGGCGGCGGCGCGGUGAUCAGCGCUUCGUCUCCUCCCACGUUUGAGGCGUCGGCGCCAGACCGGCCGUACAAGUGCUCAGUGUGCCAUAAGUCCUUUCGGCAUUUGUCGGAGCUGACCCGCCACGAGAGGAUACACACUGGUGAAAAGCCAUACAAAUGUGACACGUGCGACAAAAGCUUCAGCCAGUCCUCACAUCUGGCGCACCACCAGCGCACGCACAGCUCGGAGCGGCCGUACAAAUGCGCGGUAUGUGAGAAGACCUUCAAGCACCGCUCUCACCUCGUGCGGCACAUGUACGCCCAUUCAGGAGAGCACCUUUUCAAAUGUAACUUGUGUGAGAUGCACUUCAAAGAGUCGUCUGAGCUCCUGCACCAUCAGUGCCAACCGGAAGGAGAGAGGCCUUUCCGCUGUGGGUCGUGUGGGAAGAGCUUCAAGCGGCCGUCGGACCUGCGGCAACAUGAACGCACUCACUCCGAGGAGCGACCUUUUCAGUGCGAGGAGUGCCAGAUGAGCUUCAAGCAGCAGUACGCUCUCGUACGCCACCGCCGCACACACAAAAACCCCGCCGAUCGCCCUUUCAAGUGCAACCUCUGUGACAAGGGGUUCCUGCAGCCGUCCCAUCUGCUCUACCACCAGCAGGUCCACGGCAUGGAGAGUCUGUUUAAGUGCGCGUCCUGCCAGAAGUCUUUCAGCCAGUCGGGGGAACUUCUGCGACACAAAUGCGGAGGCGAAGUGGAGAAACCCUACAAGUGUGACGUGUGCGGCAAAGGUUACAAAAAGAAUUCGACGCUGCAGCGCCACCAAAACACCCACUGCACGGAGAAGCCGCUGAAAUGCUCCCUGUGCGACAAGCGCUUCGUUUCCUCCUCCGAGUUCGUUCAGCACCGCUGUGACCCGACGAGAGAGAAGCCCCUCAAAUGCCCCGACUGUGAAAAGCGCUUCAGGUACUCGUCGGAGCUGCAGCGCCACCGCCGGGUCCACACGGGGGAGAAGCCCUUCAAGUGCGACAACUGCGAUAAGAGCUUCAAGCAGCGCGAGCACCUGGCCAAGCACCAGAGCGUGCACUCGCGCGAGACGCAGUUCAAGUGUGUGUGGUGUGGAGAGCGUUUCGUUGACCUCACGGCGCUGCAGGAGCACACGGUCCAGCACACGGCCGAGAGCGAGAGCUUCCCCGAAGCUCCCUGCAUCCAGUAAACUCAGACGUUCACCUACAAGUGUGCCAGCCUCUGCUCUCCCCGUUGUACUUCUUAACAGGCUCCCAUUUAUUAUGAUUUUUAGUGUCUGAAAUUUCAAGACUCUGUUCAUCCUCACACCUCUUUGAGUAAACCAGAAAAAAAAAAAGACCAGGUUGAGAAAAUAUGUAACGUAGAACGUAGAAAGAUCCUGAUUUUGUUCAAGGUGUGGGACCUUAGUCUGUGGUUGCAUGUGGUUGUCUGUUUUGUAACCGUCGAUGGCCAGAACGUUGACACAGUCGUCCAGUUUGUGAGUUUUCUUUGUCUGCAGUCAGUCCAUGUGCCUUUUUUUUUUUUUUUUUUUCAUUUUGUUUUUUAUUUUUACCAGUCGUUCAUUUUUGUGUUCUUGUUUAAUUUAACGUCCAGUAAAGCUGAACGAAGACUCUCUCCUAUCCGGCGGCUGGCGCGUGCAGCGGUAUCUUCUCACAUACUAGGUCUUAGGGAGUACCAUCUGUUUGUGCAUGAAUAUUUAUCUCACUUUUAAUAUCACUGUUGUAUUAUAGGUUCAGUUCAUUUAGGAAAGCAUCCUAAGAGGAAGAAGAAAAACAAAAGUGGAUUUGUGAAAAUGUAUAGCAGUGUCCUAUGAAAACUGUGUUGUUGCAUCUUUGUAUUAAAACAAAUGGCAUCUAGGUAACUAACUCGUACCUUUCGUGUCAUAUGAACACUUGACAUGUGCAAUAAAACGUGCACAAUGUUAUAUUUAUGACUACUGAUUAAUGGAAUAGUCUACUCUGUUAUAUUAUAGAUCGUGUGUAUACGCUAUGUAAACAUUUAAAACUGUAUAGUGCUUAUGUUACCCUUUUUUUUCUAAAUUCACUAUGAAUGAGCAGCUUAGUUUCAUUUCCCGUAGGAUUAUCCAAACAUUUAACCCGACAACACUUCAGCCACAGACUAGCUGCAUUAGUUAUUGUGAUAGAGCUAACAAAUUUAUCUUAUUAUUAUUAUUAUUGUUAUCAUUAUGGUUAUUAUUAUUAUUUGUCUAUUAUGAAUUGGCCUUUUAUUAUUUCCACAGGAUUCUAGCCGCCUCCUCGUCCAAAUCGGACCGAAAUAAUCCGAGUAGCCUCAACGUUGCCACUUAUGUGUUGGUUUAUACCGGGGAUAAACUAAAAAAAGAAGAAAAAAAAAAGAUGUGUGUACUUUAGUUUACGGUGUGGAUUUCUAUAUUCUGUACAAUCUUUGCAGUAUAUUUAAAGGGUAUUUGGGGUUAAGAAAAAAAAACGGUCAAAGGGGUAUUUCCUGAA